AGCCAUGUCAAUUUCAUACAUCAACAACCAACGGUCCGCCGUUUUGUAAAGUCAGAUAGCCUUUUCCUCCUAGCUGCUCACCCUCCAACUCUCUCAGGUUCUCAACUCAACGCACCGGACACGCGUAGACUGUAGACAGCAGACGUCCAUAGUCGCAAACCUCACCCAAGAUACCACACAAGAUAUCACCCAAACCCUCACCAACAGCCUCACGAUGCGCAUCAACACCCUCCUCGCCAUCCUCGGCACAACAGCCCUCGCCGCCGCAGACGCGCCAGCCGUAACACCCUUCCUCACACAGCCAGGAUCCCAACCAACGACCCUCGUCCCACAACCAUCCUCCUCCUCGGCCGCGGCCCCAGCAGUCCCCUUACCACCAGCAUCCUCCGCAGGAUCUCCCCUCUCUUCCUCGCCGCCAUCCCCACCGUCAUCAAACAACUCCUCCUCCUCCUCCGCCGGCGCAGCAACCCUCUCAACAACAACGACAUCCCGCCCCGGCGGAACCCGCACAAUCUCCCUCGCCCCCGUAAAGACAAACAUCUACCAAGAGUGCGGCGGCCUCCGACCCACGCCCAACCCGUGCCCCGCCAGCUUCGAGUGCAUCGACGACCCCUUCCGCAAAGGUUGCGGCCUGGCGUGCGAUCAGACCGGUAUCUGCGUCGUGCCCAUCAUGUGCGGCGGCAUCGCGGCCAUCAAGUGCCCCGCGGGCAAGUGGUGCGUUGAUGAUCCAAGAGACGACUGUCACCCGCUUCAGGGGGGUGCCGACUGUGCUGGGCUUUGCGUUUGAUUUCAUGGGGGCGUGGAAAAGUGAAAGAGACGGAGGGAGAGAUGGGAUACCUAAUAGUUGGAGAGAUUGUUGAAUUGUCAUCUGAAUAGGCGUUGUUGGGAGGACUGCUCUUCCGCCGUAUGGAACAUUUUCUUUGUAACUGUUUGCUUAUCAUGAGGUAGUGAGUUAUAAUUCAUACAUACCUUUCACUCCUGUCAGUUUCCAGACGUUCUCAUGAUGAAAAGGUGAAGGAAGGCUCGGUGAGCUUGACGAGGCCCGUGAUGCUUUCCCGCAGACCCUCGGUGAGGAUGGUAGGAAGUCGAGACCAAACAGGUUGACAGACACAAGAAGGAAACACCAAGGUCGACUGCCAUCCCUCCAGG